AUGCAGCAGCAGCAUGACCCCACAAACUGCUGCAACAGCAGCAGCUCCAUCACCAGAAGCAACAACAACUGCAGCAGCAACAACUGCAGAAACAGCAGCAGCAGCAGCAGCAACUGUUCCCUCGAUCUGGGGAUAACACGGGAGCUGCAGCAGCAAACGGAUACCGCUAAAGAUGCAAUCAAACAAAAGCAGCAGCAGCAGCAGCAACAGCAGCAGCAGCAACAACAAAAGCUGCUGCAGCAACAGCUGCUGCAACAGCAGCAACUCCAUCACCAGAAGCAACAACAACUGCAGCAGCAACAACUGCAGAAACAGCAGCAGCAGCAGCAGCAACAGCUGCAGCAGCAGAAGCUGCAACAGCAGAAACACCAACAACAGCAACAGCAGCUGCAGCAGCUGCAGCAGCAGCAGCAGCAGCAGCAACAGCAGCAGCAGCAGCAGCAGCAGCAGCAUAUACCGAGGCAAAUGCGGCGGCGACUUUCUCUGGGUUCUUUACAGCACCUCAAAGAGGGAGGUGCAGCAGGAGCAGCAGCAGCAGCAGUACAGCAGCAGCAGCAGCAGCAGCAGCAUAUACCGAGGCAAAUGCGGCGUCGACUUUCUCUGGGUUCUUUACAGCACCUCAAAGAGGGAGGUGCAGCAGGAGCAGCAGCAGCAGCAGUUGCUGCUGCAGCAGCAGCAGCAGCAGCAGCAGGCGGUGGCUCCCCAUCAAAGAGGGAAAGCAAAGACCGCAGCAGCAGGAAGAAUAGACAGCAGCAGCAGGAGCAGCAGCAGCAACUGCAGCAACCGCAGCAGCAACUGCAGCAGCAGCUCCAGCAGCAGCAGCAGCAACAAAAACAACACCUGCAACACCAUCUGCUGCAGCAGCUGCAGCAGCAGCAUCCACGCCAGCCUGCAACCGUUGGCUGUUUGCUGCUGCUGCAGCAGCAGGCAGAGCAGCAGCGGCAGCAGCAGCAGCAGCGGGUGGUGUGUAAGAGCCUCCCUGCUGUUCCUCUCAGCAGCAGCAGCAGCAGCAACAGCAGCAGCAGCAGCAGCAACGAUGGACAGCAACGCAUAACCUCUGGAGGCCGCUUAGAUGCAGCAGGCAGCAACAGCAGCAGCAGCAGCAGCAGCAACGAUGGACAGCAACGCAUAACCUCUGGAGGCCGCUUAGAUGCAGCAGCAGCAGCAGCAGCAAACUCUGCUGCUGCUGCUGCUGCUGCUGCUAAAGGUUUCCUCCCCCGCCUCCCGGCUCGUGCGGGCGAGCAGCAGCAGCAGCAGCAGCAGAAGCAGCAGCAGCAGCAGCAGCUGGGUUCUUCUUUCCUUGCUCUAACAAACGAAUCGCAGCAGCAGCAGCAGCAGCAAGACCACCACCACCAUCACCACCACCACCACCACCCGCACCACCACGCACACCAGCACCAGCAGCAGCAGCAGCAGCAGCAGCACGCUCUAACAAACGAAUCGCAGCAGCAGCAGCAGCAGCAGCAAGACCACCACCAUCACCACCACCACCACCACCACCCGCACCACCACGCACACCAGCACCAGCAGCAGCAGCAGCAGCAGCAGCAGCAGCAGCAGCAGCAGCACGAGCAGCUGCAGCUACCGUAUGAGAGACGAUCGAGGGGGGGCCGCGUCUUUGUAGGUAAUAUACCGCCUGGUGUAGCUCAGCAUACAUUGCUAGCAGCAGCAGCAGCAGCAGCAGCAGCAGCAGCACCAUCUGCAGCAUCAUCAUCAUCAACAGCAGCAGCAGCAGCAGCAGCAGCAGCAGCAGCAGCAGCAGUAAUAAGAGUUGAAUAUACACCUAAACCAGAUGCUUGGGGCUCAGCAUUGAUUGACUAUGCAACAGAAGAAGCAGCAGAUAGAGCAGCAAAUUACUUUCAUCAUCAUCAUCAACAGCAGCAGCAGCAGCAGCAGCAGCAGCAGCAGCAGUAA